GCCACACUUCCGAUUUAGCAUCCCGUCGCAAACGCUCUAUCACUGCCCCCAGCACUCUCGUCAACAACCCGCUUGUGCUCGUGUCUCUUCUCUCGAAAUCUCUGAGGAAACUGCGCAACCCAAAGGACAUGCUAGCGACCCCCACAGUCGAACUCUCGUUUGACGAUGACGACUGGGUGGCCACACCUCCCGCCAAGUUGUACAGAGCUGCUAGUGUCGGGAAUAGCUGGGGAGUCACGAUAAUGGGCAGGGGAUUUGACUGGAAGAAGGGCGAGGCAGAGAAGGAGAACGACCCACUGCACGAUGGCGAGUCGACGUAUCUUCACGAGUCCCUCAGCCUUCCAAGCGAUGGCGAUCGACCAGACUGGUCUAAGGGGCUCAGUACCUCAGCCCCGACAAAGGCUGGCGCCCCUGAAACGACAAAACCGAUCAGCUCCGUCACGCCCUCCCGUCCCUCUAGCCCCCGCCCUCGCGCAAUAGCAUCCAGCAGCUUCUCCGGCGAGCCACUAUCCGUGUCCCCCUCUCAGUCACCAUCGUCCAGUAGUCCGAUACGAUCGCUACCUCUCAGUGGCAACGGGCAGUUCCGCCCUCCUCUUUCGCGCUCUUCCAGCAACUACCGACCACGGCGUCGCUCGUCGCAGCAGCGAGUCUCCUUGAUUGCUGGGCGGGUCUCGAUACUUCCCGUGGAUGCUCCCGCAGCCACCGAAGUGGUCUCAUCCCAGCUGGCGCCUCAACAGCUUAUUCGGUCUGGCAGCACCCGCAGCUUGCUGAGCCUCGCGUCGAGUACACGACCUCCCACGCCCAACAACGAGCGAGAAACGCUUAUUGGUGGUGGGAAAAGUAUCACGGAGUUUGUGAUUGAGGGGGAAUUGGGAAGGGGCGCAUAUGGGCUGGUCAAGCGUGCGAGGGAGAUGAAUAUUGAUGGGACAUUAGGGCCUCCGUUGGUCAUCAAGCAGGUCUUCAAGUCUCGAAUCCUUGCAGACUGCUGGAAGAAGCAUCCCCAAUUCGGAACAAUUCCUAUUGAGAUAUAUGUCAUGAAUGCAAUCUCCUCUACUUCCUAUGUCUUGCCUCCCCGACGACCAUGGGAUCCUGCACGGCUGGAGACAGGAUCGGAAAAGGCUUCAGAACAGCAAUGUUGCUCGACAAAUGGCAGCACUGGGGCAGAUAGCGAACCCGACUUCGCCGUAUUAUCGGAGUGGGUGGAAGGCAAGGUUGUCAAAGGACACCCCAAUAUUGGCCCCCUCUGGGACUUUUUUGAAGAUGACAAUUACUACUAUUUGGUAAUGCCGUGCCUAGUGCCUGCGCCCAAUCCUGCGGAGCCUUCGCCUCCGUCCGACCUCUUCGAUCUGGUGGAGACCUACCCGCAUGGCCUUCCCCCAAGCUCUGUCAGAACGUAUCUUGGUCAGAUUGCGGACGCCCUAGCGUUUUUACAUUCCAAAGGCAUCGUGCACCGUGAUGUCAAAGACGAGAACGUGGUGUUGGGGCCACAUGGCCGAUGUAUCUUGAUCGACUUCGGCAGUUCAGGUCUCGUCAAGAGGGGCGGAUGGGAUACCUUCAGUGGAACAUUGGACUAUGCUGGUCCCGAAAUUUUGCGUGGGGAACGAUACCAGGGCAAAGAGCAAGACGUAUGGGCUUUCGGCGUCGUCGCCUAUGUCCUGCUGGUCGGAGAAUGCCCUUUUACCACAGCAGCAGAGGCACAGGAAGGUCUAGAGUCCCCCUUCGCUUCGGCGACUAUUGCACUGGACGAACGAUGCGGGGAGGGCAAGGAACAUGAGGGCGAAGAACCGGAUGGAGGAGGAGCUCUAGGAGAUGCCGCGGCUCUCGUCAAGGCGUGUCUUCGCUUGGAAGUCAGUGCUCGACCGACCUUCGAUCGUAUCUUGCAAUCGCGAUUCUUGAAUGGCAAUGGAGGCUGGGGCAUGCACGAUACUUAGGCCUCGACGAAUCAUGGGUGGCCAAUGUUUCCUCGUUUCCGCAACGUGUUCUGCUGGCUGACAAGGAGGCAGAUAAGUGCCUUGGUCCGGGCGCAUGACUUCUAAUCGCGAUCAUCCUUUUGCUCUCAACCUCUCAAAACUGAAUUGUCCUGUCGGAGUCGUCCACGACUCACUGCUUCUCGCUUGCACUUCUGUACGUGUUAUUUAUUAUCUCGCAAUCACUGUGCCUUCACGUCCAGCGUGCGAUGGUUGUACCGCGUCCACUUCUUGUCGACAACCAAGAAUGCUUUCUAAUGUAUUAUCUAGUAUGUAGACUACGAUAUGAGACAACUGUGCCCAUCAAUAUAGAUGGCAUAUCCCUG